UCGAUCUACCUGCUAUGUAGCUUUUACAUUUGCUCCCCUGAACCUCCAAGAAGCACAUGCUGCUCUAUCGGGACUGACUUGCCAGUUGAGCCCACAUCCUCGGGGAGCCACUCUGGAGGGCUGGUGUUCCUUGGGAACCCAUUCUGGGGAACUCUCCCCAGAAUCCAGGCCUGGCUUCUGGUGAUUUUUCUCUCAGAUAAGGGGUUUGUUUAACAGUGAGGGAGAGGGGCACCCCUUUCAGAUGCUUUGACUGUAGCCGGGGGCUGAGUGCAGGCUCUGAACUGUGGUUCUGAGCUCCACUGCCCCUUGGGAGCACUGUGGGGGGAGUCAGGCUCGGGACCCUGCAGUGGGAGGCUGAGUCCCAGUGCCCUCUGACUCCCUUCUUAUGUGUGACCGCAGGACUGGGCACAUGCUCACCCACCAGAAGACCAAGCCCUUCGUGUGCAUGGAGCAGGGCUGCAGCACGAGCUGCUGUCAUGACCUCUCCCUACGCCGGCACUACGAGGUCGAGCAUGGCUUGUGCAUCCUGAAGGAGGCCCCCGCUGAGGAAGAAGCCUGUGGGGACUCCUCUCCUGCCCACGAGGUGGCCGGCCAGCCUGCUGCGGAUGGCCUGCGGUCCCUGGUGCCUCCAGAAGCCAGGUCCCCAGGCUCUCUUUUGCCCAACCGAGACCCCCUGCGCUCUAUUGUAAGCAGCAUGGUCCACCAGGAGAUCUCUUCUUCCGGCCCGGUCCUGGCCACGCCCUCAGAUGACAGGGAAGGGGUGGGGAGGGAAAAACACAGCCUGCCCCUGCCCACCCUCACUGGGGCCCUACCCCGGCACCCCAGCGGCCCCAGGGACCCUGGGCAUAACCAGCAAAACGGAGGCCCUGCAGACUGGGCAGAGCCAAGGAGCACGUGUGUCUGCAGGAACUGCAGCCAGAUGUUUCACACACAGGAGGGGCUGACCAGCCACACGUGUUUUCCCAACGACCAGUGGCUGCCACCUCGAGGGAACCAGGACCAGCAGGUGAAGGGGCGCGCGCAACUGAGCUGUGCACAUGUGACCCCAAGUCACCCCCCUGUGGCUUUGAAUUCUCUUCUCCAGGGACAGGACGGAGACCAGAAGGAGAGAGAUGCAGAGGAGACCAGCCAGCCCAGAAAGCGGAGAAAGCGCCCGCAGACCAAGGCAUCGUUCCUGCCUCCCGCCCCUUCUGCCUCUGGGGGGCCGGGCCCUGAAGAAGGCCACCAGAGCUGCCUGCGGUCUCCGGUGCUCCUGGUGGACCACUCCCUGCAGGGACUGUGCCCGCGCUCUCCCGAUACACCAUCCCCGGUGCUCAGCCCCAUCCGGGAGGGGUCUGGGCUGGAUUCCAGCACUCAUCAAGUGGAUGACUCUUCUGCCAGCCAUGUUAUCAAGGAUGACACCAAGCCCCGAAUUCGAAUGCGCAUCAGGAUAGGAAAGAAGUUUCAGGCCGAGAUCCCGGAGCUCCAGGAGCGCCCUCCAGCCGAGACCGAUCAAGUGAAUGACUCUUCUGGCAUCUGUGCGAUCGAGGAUGACACGGAGCUCAGCACUGAACCACGCAUCCGGAUUGGUAGCGAGUUUCAGGCCGAGAUCCCGGAGCUCCAGCAGCGCCCUCCAGCUGAGCCCGGUGAACAAGGAGCUUCUCUGGUCUGGAAGCCAUUGGAUGACCUGAUGACCAAUCCAGAAACACAGGAUAGAGUGACUGAGCUCUGCAACUUGGCCUGCUCCAGCACGAUGCCAGGAGGGGGCACCAACCUGGAGCUCGCUCUGCACUGCCUGCACGAGGCCCAGGGCAAAGUCCCGGUGGCCCUAGAGACCUUGCUACUCAGCGGACCCCAGAAGCCACCGACUCACCCGCUGGCUGACUACCACUAUGCAGGUUCAGCCGUCUGGACCCCCACAGAGAAGGAGCUGUUUAAUAAGGCAUUCCAGGCUCAUAAGAACAACUUUUCCUUGAUACACAAGAUGGUCCAGACAAAGUCGGUGGCCCAGUGUGUAGAAUAUUACUACACCUGGAAAAAGAGGGUCCGGUUUACUACAUCUUCUCGGGCCCCGGGACUGAAAAAGAGCGUCAAAAGGAAGCUGCCCGAGGCAGACCCCACAGAAACAAAGGCCACUUCCAGCCCUGAGAAGAGACGCAACCACCAUCCAACCCCUGAGUUGAAGACGGAGACGGAGAGCUGCAGGGGACAAUCUGUGGCCAACACCAGCCCAAAUGCUGCUCCCAAGCAGACCCCUGAGCCUCCGGGGUGCGUCCAGGGCCAAGGCGCUCCCUGUGGGGAGUGUGAGAGGGUGUUUGACAAGAUGUGCACUCACUACGCCCACAUGAAGCGGCACCGAAAUGAAGACCCAGUGGAAACAACUGUCAGGGAGGAGAGGCCAGCGAAGGCCUUUAAGGUGGAAGAGGAGGAGGAGGAGGAGAAGGAGGAGGAAGGGGGGACAGGGGCUGACAUGGGCCCCUUGCAGGGGCAUUUGGGCCGUGAGCCGGGGUCAAGCAGCCCAUCAUUGGGAUGAGGACCUCGGGCCCCAUCUCCUCUCCCUUCUACCUCCCCGAGGAGUCCGGGGCAUCCCUCUGCCUCCAGCCCCACCUCCCCUGCCCCCCACUGACCAGCGCAGCUUGCAGAAUAGCUGGCAGUAGCCAACAACAGGCAUGAGAAGCGCCAUCAGCGGACACUGUGGCAUCCUCGUCACCUGGUGCCAGAGGCCCCGGCCCCUUUACGUGUGUCCUGUGCCUUCAUAUCACAGUCUUGUAAUGACUUGGCUCAUUACUUUUUUUUGUCCAUGUCAAUCUCUAAACCCUAUUAAAUUUUGUUCUGAAGCAGCUGUCUUCUGGCUUCUCUGGCCUGUUGAGCCAGCAAAGGCUUUAGGGCUCCUGCCACUCACCAGCGCCCCAGAAAAGCGUGAGCUGAGUCUCCGCCCUGGAGGGGCCGCGUCCUCGUGCAUGCCGGGAGCCGGCCCUGAGGUGCCUGCCGCAGUGUGUGUCCGCACCCGGUCCAUGCAGCGGGCCCACAGCGACACAGGAGGGACCCAGGUGCUCCCCUCAGCGAGCUCACAUUUUAGGAGCAGGAGAGCAGCAGGAAUAAAUAAGCAAAGAGGUGACUUUAGCUAUUGCUUUGGGCCCUAAUGACAGAAGAGUCAGCAGCGUGUGACCAGCAGUCAGGACAUGACGAGGGUUCCAGUGUGUCCAGGGUGAAGUCAGGCUCUGCCAGCAGACACAGAUGGUGACACUAGACAAUUCUAUCAAACAUACAGAGAACAGUACCAAUUGCAUACAGUGUCUUCCAGAAAAUGCUAGGGAAGGAAUACUUUUUGGCUCAACU